AUGGGACGCGACAAAUUUGCAGCCAUGGCAAAAGCCACUGAACGGCAGUCAGUAUCACCAGUCAAUCCACCAAAACGUGACAAAUUGGCAGCAUUGGCAGCGUCUCGAAGUGCAGCAGAUAGUACUCCAACCAGCACUACUGAUGCGGCAGAACCGAGGGGAAACAGCAAACUUGCCGCGAUGGCAGCGGCCAAUACUUCCGCAAAUCGAACUGUAACAGAAGCAUUGGAUGAUAAACAUGAAAAACGAACGAGAGAACUCCAAGAGAAAAUGUCAAAACGCAAACAAAUCUUGCAAGAUUUGGACCAGGCCGAAGAUUUGACGUGCAAAUUGUUGGAUAUUGUCCACCAGACCACCAAUGCUCUUCAAGAUAUGACCUCAUCUUCUCCAGAACUAGCUCAAUUAUCACGAGACUAUAGAAAGACACUACAAGAGAUACAUCCUCUGUUGAGCCGAGGUACCGAAGCAUUGGUUCAGCCCUACCAAAAUCAUACUACGGAAACCAACCAAAGUAUGUACGCAGCACGAGUGGAAAUGAGACUGGCCAAGGAAAGAUCAGAUGUUCUUAAGGCAUUUACUGAAUUGGAACGCCAACCAAAUGAAGAAGCUACAGGUGGGGACGAAAGUAUGAUGGCAGGAACCAAGAGAUCACGAGAAGAUGACAAUGAUGCUAUAAUAAAUAAAUAA